GAAAAACUGAAAAAGUACAAUUUGUCCAAAUUUUUGUUCAAAAACUGUGGAAAUUUUAAUCAAAUUUCGCGCGUGAUUUAAAAUGGGCAUUCGUGUCGUCCACGAUGUGUAACGUGGAGGUAUAUAUGCAGAAAAUGGGUUGCCAAAAUUAUGUUGUGGUCAAUUUUUUUCAAGAAAUUCACUAAUGGGGAAACAUUUUCUUGUCAAGGCUAUCGUUUCUGUCUCAGUUGUUCUUCUGACACGGUGUUUAAUCACAGGAAUCGCUAUAAAUGCUUCAAAUUUUGAGCGGUUUUCGCCGACGAAAUCCACGUCUCAAGCUACGCAGCUGAAAAGUACAACACGAAAAAUACAACACACAACUCCCCCGACGGUAAAAUUACGUUGUUCUUGUGUUUAUUUAAGGAAAAAAGCUAGUUGUCUUUAGUACUGUUGUGGUAAUAUUGUGUAAAGUGGAUUUUUAGUGAAAAUUGUGCGUGCUGUAAGUCGAUUUGUGUUUUGGAAAGUUCAUGUUUACAAUGAACUUGAUACUUCUGUUUGUUUGUGGUUUGGGGCGAGGUUUGGGGUUUCAUAAUGAUAGCAAAGACUACUUUAGCGAAUGUAGAAAUGUCGUUUAAAUGAUAGUGUACUACAAGAGGCAUCUAUGAAAGCAGAAAAACUACUUUAAAAAAUUGAGAGUAUAAAUGUAUAAUUUGCUCCCCACUAGGCAGCUGGCUCCAGCUUGCAUCAUUGCAUGUACACACAUACAAGCCCCCCAUUAAUAUUAAAGACCAGAAAAUAAAAUUGGGAAAUUGUACAUUUUACUUUGCUCAAGUAAUCACUGAGUACAUACGCCUUGAAAAUGCAAAUUUUAUUUGAAAGGAAUGUUGACACAGUGAUUAUAGCACAUGUUGUUUUUGUAUGCUUCAAUCGAGCAAUACUACAGAUGUCAUUGAAGUGUGUGAACACAUGAAAAAAUUUUAUCACGUCUACGCCCACACACUAUACUUUUUGCAUAUUGAGUCAUUCCAGAGAACCCACUUUGGAUGUCCAAGAUACGCUUACUAUUAUCAGAAACUAUUAUCUUCCCUCCCCCUCUGGUCGGCAGAAAUUUCCUCCAUGGGGGGAGUGUGGAUCUUUUCUGGAAUGACCCAUUUACAAUUCUAUUUUAACCCAGUGGCAGCACUUUCCCUGUGAGUGUUGUCUCCAAUUAGACAGAGUAAAAUAAGAAAGUAUAGCAUGCUAAUGGAAUGUUGCAACUUUAACCCAUUAAGCGCCAGCGCUCUCCCCUUGACGAGUAAAAUCAUCUGGCGUUAGACAGAGUAAAAUAAUAAAGUAGGGCGCAUCAGGGCGCAAUGCAACUAAAUGGGUUAAUGUGUUAAAAUUAGAAUUAAAGGACUAAACUAAUAAGCAAACAAACAGACAAUUAAAACAAACAAACAAAACGUUUAUAUAUACAAAUACAGACCUGCCAACUCUCCCGACUAUAGACCUGUGAUCUCCCGGUCUCCCGGUAGUGAAAAAUUUCUCCUGGUAUUGACAACCAUGGGCAUACGGGAAGGAAAAAUUUAGGGAGGCGGAAAGAAAUUUGCCCGACUUUUUCGGAUUGUGCCCGAGUUGUCAAAAAAAUUUUCUGGAGAAACUUUCCAAAAUUGUUGUCAACAAGUGGGGGGGGGAGUGAUUCCGAAAAAUUCCUAUUAGAUAUAUUCCGGUACGCCCAUGUUGACAACUGGCAAUUAUCCCGAUUUCUUGUCGAUACAUGCGACUGUGUUUCUUAAUUUUCAUCCAUUUAUUUUAAUGACUUCAAUUUACAUUCUAUAAUGUUUUGAAAGUCAAAAAUGAAGUAUUUAUUUGUUAAAACAUGUCUUCAUGUUGUAUUUUCAGUCCAAGAUAGUGGCCAAUUUAACAUUAGUCAAGGGGCUUCUUGCACUGUGAGUGUAGCUAGGAGUUUGAACGAGACACUAAUCUGACUGCUGAGCUAAUGAAAAGGGCUUUGAAGUGUUUAAAUAACAUUUCUCCCCAGAUAUCAGUCGCUAAGGUUGGCGGGUCUGUAAAUAUGAAGUGGUGCACGUGUUGUAUGUGUGGCAUUUCACAUAAACUUAAACAUUUUUAAACGUACAAUACAGGGCUGCAAAUAGAUAUUUGACUUGACAGGACAUUUGUCCGAUCACUUUUAAUUUUGGUCGGACAUAACUUGAAUUUGGUCGGACAAAAACCAACACCACUAAAUUUGGUCGAACAUAUAUACAUCACAAGAUAUAUAUAAGUCAAGAGACAAGUAUGUAUAGCCAUUCCGGUGCAACGUUAAAUAAAAUGCUAGAAUGCCUCGUAAAUUUUAUUGCAAAAUGCGAAUUGAGUGAAUUUGCAUCGGAUUUUGUCACAGCAAAAAAUGUAUAAUGUGACAAUUUUUUUUUGUGAUUAGAUCAAUGUCCGAUCAAAACUACUUUUGCUCGGACAUUUGCCAAAUUUAGUCGGACAUUGUCCGAUGUCCAACAGUAAUUUGCAGUCCUGCAAUAGAAAUUUGACAAUUUCCAUUGAACAUUGCAGGUAUCAUCUUACCCAACUAGAUACAUCAAUAAAACAUGGAACUGUAGUGACAUACAUUUGAAAAGUCAAAAGGUAAAAACUUCAUUUUGGGGUCCUCAUAUUGUGGGGUAUGCAUGUCACUCAUCUUUUCAAACAAGUAAUAUCACAGCUUGCAAAUGUUGCCACAUAACGUCUAGAAUUUUAUUAUUUUUGGCCUUUUCAUGUUGCUGUCACAAUUUAUUAGCCUCCUUUCCAUUUAGCGCUUCUAUGAAAUCACAAGCUCACUACGAGCACUUUCGUGCAUCCAAUCACAGUGCUCAACAGUUUAGUUUAAUUUAGUGGAAAAGAGCCAUUAUGGGGCAUUUGAGUCAAAUAUUCCUAUUUUAUUUUCUAUAUGUCACUAUGUCCAGGGUGUUAGCUACAGUCAAAAAUUCCAUGUUAAACACGGUUUUCCCAAUUACCUUGAGGUCGCAAUUUCCCAAUUUGGGUCAGCCAAAAAAUAGUUAUAGAAAUUCAAUGUAAGUUGUUAAUUCGCCAUUAAAAACAUUUUUAUAACUACAUUUGCUCAAAAUUACUCCCAAAAUGCGGGAAAUGCCAUUUCAAAGACACAAAAAUUUUAAAAAUUGAGAGGGGGCAACCGCAUGCCCCAGACCCACAAAGAAAUGCCCGGCUUCAGGCUAAAAUAAAUUUCCCAAUUUCAGGUAAACGCAGAUUUUUUUACUUCUGGCUAACGCCCUGAUGUCAAUGCAAUAUUGCCUAUUAGAAUACCAGCUCCCUAACAGGGCUUCAGAUUUGAAAUUAUUUCAAAUAGUUGAAUAUGCUAAGCAUGCUAUAUUUUUCAUACGGGUUUAUUUCAUGUUUUGUCUUUUUCUGUUAGGAACCUCAAACCAACACAAGUGUGUAUGUUUACUAUACUGAUUAUGAUGUAAGCUUUUUAUAAUUGUCACUUGCUGGACUAAACUCAUAAUUGCUUUCAUUUAUUCAUUCAUCAAAGGGUUUUUGGAGAUGGCAUUUUCAAGUGGAAGAUUAUAUAAAAUUGCAGACCUAAUGACCUAUAAGCAACUAAGGAACCUGCGUCCCUCUGGCAGGAAUAAAGGUUUGAUUCUUGCAGAGGGCGUGUUGUAUAUGAUUUUCCACUCAAUGUUUUCAUCAACGAAACCCCUUCUACUGUUAUUUCUAUCAAGCAAGAUGCCCAAAAAUUUCAAUAUGUGCAUCGGAUGUGAUUGGAUGUUUAUAAUCCGACAAUUGGCAUUUAUAUAGUUUAAAAUCCAAUCUGAAAUAGGCAAUUCCAGCUUUUAACUUAUGCUCGCAGGGAGUGAUGGGAAGUAAGGUAUCAUAUAUUCCUGAUUAUGCUGAAAAAUUUCAAUAAAAACUGCCGAAACAACCGAAAUAUUUCAAUAUUUACAAGUAUAAGCUAUCACUCCGUGUUUACACAGGCACUAUUUUUAUUUUUUCAGCAUAGUCAGCAACAUGAUACCUUACUUCCCAUCGCCCCCUGCACGCAUAAACUAAAAGCUGGAAUUGCCUAUUGUCUAAUCCGAUCCGAGUUUUGAUAAAGAAUUCUGAUCCGAAGAAUCCUUUAAUAAAAUAAAUUUCUCAUUCAAUUGGAAAUAUUUAACCAAAUAAAUAUAAAAGCAAGAAAUACAUGUGAAGAAGCUGACAAAGUGACGUCCAAAUUGAAGUAUCAAACAAAUAAUGCAGUCACAACCGCAUUGUCGUGGCAAAAAACGCUGAGUGUGUCACUCAACAGGACUGAACAAUGUUUUGCUGCCCACAUUGUUCAUAGCUGUCAACACGAUUGAACAAUAUUGUUGAGCCUGAAUCGGGUGUAACAAUGUUGUUCAAUAUUGUUGACAGCUAUGAACAAUGUGGGCAGCAAAACAUUGUUCAAUCCUGUUUUCAUCAGUAUUGCAUCAACCUGAGUGUUUUUACACAUGUAAUUAAUUCAUUUUAUUUCGAAUAUCGAAGUCCGAUCCGACUACGAAACAAUAUUUUUAGUAUGUUUAUUUUUGUUCCGAAAUCCAAAGAAUCUGAUCGGAUUAGGAUCGGAUUUGCACACCUCUAAUAAUGUACCCUUCAUUUAUUCAUUAUGUACAAUUCUGAAACCUGAAUAACUAUAUAUAUCUCAUUAUUUUAGCCUUACGUCUGCCACUUAAAUCCUCUGCAUUGCAAUAGACCCAAACAACUUGAAACAAAUGAGUAAGUGUUUGUUUUGUUUUGUUUGUUUGUUUGUUUGUUUGUUUGUUUGUUUGUUUGCACAGAAUAUAUACAGUAUGUUAUAUUUGAUUGUUUAGAAAUAAGAAAGCUCUUACAGGGAUACCAAAGUAUGGUGACUACAGUUAUUUACCAAUAUCUCAGUGGAUAUUGUUACUUCAGGUGAGGCUCUUUAACUAUCUACCACAGACCAUAGAUACAGAGGUGUAACUCCUUGUUGGCUUCUUUGAUGGUCUUCGAUGUGAGUGUAAUAGCUGCCAUAUUCCUAGCCAGUGAAGCAGCUAGGCCUUAGAAUAUCUUUUACAGGGCCAUCUGACAAAAUGUCCGAUGACUUAUCGGACAUAUGUAUGAUGAUGUCCGAUGAUCUUCAGUUCAGUUUGGCUCGGAAAUAAGUCUGAAUGACACAAAUAUCAGCAUAAUGUAUUAACUCUGAACGGUAAAUGUUGUGAAGAUAUUAAAUAAUUUGUGUCAUUCAUACUUAUUUCCAAGCCAAAAUUAACUUGCAUGCCAAUAACAACAGUAAGAUGUCGACACUUAAGUUCGUUUUCCACUUCAUCAUUUUGCUCGCCGCCGGCAACAUUUUGAUUUACGUUGGACAAAGUUACCAUCAUGCCUGUAUAUUUAGGGUUUUUUGCAGGUAGCCAAAAAUACUUUACAGUUAGCCCUGCGUGGUCCAAACUUGCUCGCUUCGCUUGAAGCUGGCAAAUUACAACAGGGGACCAGGCACCGAAUUUUUUUGAGUUAUGUUUCAUAUUGUCAAAAUUGAGUGUCCGCUAAUUUGCUCAAACUCAAUUGAUCGAAAAUUUUCACAUAUCAAGCCGACAAGAUUGUCUGCUGAUGAAUAAAAUUCGGCCACAGAACAGGAACUUUUAAGUUUUUGAUGGCAUCAUUUGAUGAACUUACGUCUUGAGUACGACUCUUAUUAAUUGUUAAAUAUUGCAAAAUGUAUUGGGAAAAAUUGAAAUUUUCUACUUUACUUAAUUUAACAUGCAACUUUCUGACCAAGGAUUGCAGUUAGCGUCAGGCACUUGCAGGUAGUGCCGCUACCUAGGAUCCCAACAUUUGACAGGCAUGGUUACUAUUCGGUCGGACACCAAUACACUCGGGUCGGACAAACAACAAGCCUCAGUUUCACUUAGGUCGGACAGAAUGUCUGGUGGUUUUCUUACUACGUCGGACAAUUUCGCGAAUGGGUCGGACAAUGUCCGUGACCGACCGAUAUUUUAAGGCUGAGUGAAGGAUAAUGCUAGAUUGGUACUGAUCAAUUUCGAACUGAUUUUUUCUCAUUUCCAGCACGGAGCUGUAGUGUUUCUUUACCAUCCAUGUACAAGCACGGAAAAUGUUGAUAAGUUACGAAACAUUGCAAGGAAAUGUAUGUGGAAACACAUCAUUACACCAUACGAACAUCUCAACAUAACCCAGGUUGGUCUCUUUACUCUACCAUUCUCUUUGUAAUUCACUUGUCUGAUCCUUAAAACAACCACCGCAAACCCCAGAAAAGUCUUGCAAACUAUCAUUGCACCUAUUUUGUUGUGAAAACUUCUAAACUGCAAGUAAGAAAGGAUAAAUCAUAAAUCUAGUAUAACUUCUCGUGCCCAGGGUUUCUCGGCCGCACGCGUCCUCCCUAGGCCCUGAGAUACACGGAACCGGAAGUGCAAGAAAACUUGCAGUAGUUUCUAAACAAAAAUUUCGUCACAGCUUGAAAGAGCAUCACGAAAUUAGUAAUAUUCCGAAGUUUCGUUGCGAAAUGUUGUAAAAUGCGGAUAAUAUAGCCCUGCGAAGUUUGCCGUUUUUCAGUCAUUUGGUAUUACAAACGGGAAAUUGAUAAUCAGAUGAUCAAACUGAUGCAAAAUGUUAGAUUGUAAUGCAAAAUUACUGAAAAACGGCAAACUUCGCAAGGCUAUAUUAUCCGCAUUUUACAACAUUUCGCAACGAAACUUCGGAAUAUUACUAAUUUUGUGAUGCUCUUUCAAGCCGUGAUGAAACUGUUGCCCAGGCAUAUCUAGAUCAAAAUUUCACUCAUAAGGGGAAAGGUCUAUUUUCACAGUGAAGUAUUGCACAUAAACGAAGUAUUUGUGUUGACAUGUUUUGAUAGAAAAAUUUUCCCUAGCGAAAACUGCUCAACUUCUGCGAAAUAGCCUAUCAGAUCUUAGCCUGCGUGAGCCCGCCAAAAUCCUGCCCGCUGCAAAUCAGGCCCCCCAUAAAAUUGAGGGCAGGCUAAUCAGAUAUCUCUUUUAGUCGUCUAACCCAGAGCCUAAUUUUCAACAAGUGGGGACAAGAAUGCAUGAAACUGUGAAGUUCUGCUUGUAUUUUUUAGUUCAUAGUAUCCCUCUCAUCCACAGCUCCUACACUGGUGUCUCUUAUAUUACUUGGAUGAUCUGAAAUUUAUUGUUCAUUUUCUUUCUGUUGCAGCCAAUCGCAAUGGUAGCAUGGGCGUCAUUCUAUGCUGACUGGCAGGUGAAUGAGACAGCAAGCGAGAAUUGGAUCAAGAAUAAUGCUAUGAAAGCACCUGCAAGUCACGUUUUUCUCAAUGGUGGAUAUAACUUUAAUUUGUUACAUCCAGCUAAGAUGGUCUCAGACCCGCUUGAUAGUCAGCUGUGUCCUGGUAAGGAAACCCAUGUCAAGGUGAGAAAACAUUGUCAUCAUAAUUCAUGGAGAUUAUGUUUAUUACAUUAAUUAAAAUGUAAAUUUGCAGAUACUUAGGUGGCUCGAUACAGUUUUCAGAAAUUCAGGUGUUGAACACUUUGACAUUGAUGUUCAAACUACGCAUUUUUAGGAUUUAUUCAGCAGAUAUUGGGUUUUUUACAUAUUUUGAUAUCUCUACUUUCAAAUUAUAUUAGUUUUUGUAACAGAUAAUUCGUUGCUAUGACGACAUACGUGUACGAAAUUGGCAUUUUUUUGUAAAAUGAAAGUUUUUAGCGGUGCAAUACAGCAUGCAAAAUUUGAACAUAGGUCACCAGACAAAAUAAAGAGAUAUAUAUAGCGCAUUGUUUUUCUAAAAUGGAAAAUUGUAAUGACGCCAGCAAUUGAUAUUUAACAAAUAUAAAACAUUUUCCGUGUUGAUAUACAGUUAUAUCAACACGAGUGGAAUUGGGAAAACGAGAAAUUGUAUGGAAACACGACGCCCUUCGGGCGGAGUGUUUUCAUACAAUUUCGAGUUUUCCCAACUUCCACGAGUGUUGAUAUAACUAUAUAUCAAUACGGAAAAAAUGUUUUAUAUUUGUUUUAUAAUAUAGCAAUGUCAAAAGCCCGAAGGAUAAGAAAAAUUUCCGUGUUUACAAGCGGCGGAAAAUUUCCCUUGUUGACAUUGAGUUGUAUCAACACGGCUCUUAGCCAAUCAGCGUUCAGAAUUUACAAAUGCUAUAUUAUAAAAAACGCUAUAGAACACGCGCAAUGGCGUGAUAUGGCGCGAGCAACUGCUCGCGUCAGGUCAUUUUGGAAGUUCUUUCAUUUUGUUAAUCAGUUUCCGCGACCUGCGCGUAAAAAUGGUCACCCGGUUUUGAGUUCGCGAUUCUUGAGCAGGGUUUUUGUGAUAACUAUAUCGAGCCACCUUGAGUGAUACGAUUUGGCCAAUUUAUGGUUAAUAUGUUGUAACGAGUGAUCUGUUGCCAACAGAUAACCCGUUUCAACAUACCAACCAACAGUUUUAGCCUUGGAUGGCGUAUGAUUAGACCCCCUCCCUCACACUCGUCUGGGGCUCGCUGGCUGACACAAAGCUGACACGAAAGCUGACAAACGUAAAAAAUGCUGACACAUGCCGAAGUAUUGUACCGCAUCUAUAAAUAACAUGCAAUUAACUAUAUAAUUAUAAAAUAACAUGUAUGUAACGCGUGCUCUGAUUGGUCGAAACCCGUGUUUGGAUCAGGCCAUCCAAACACGGAAAUUUAAAGUGAAAGUUUUUAAAGUGAAAUUUUAACACGGAAAGUUGUUAUUUUAUAAAACAAUUACUUCAUGGUUUCCGUUUUUGGAUGGCCUGAUCCAAAUACUUGGGAAUGUUGCUCGAGUUGAGAAAAGCGCGCAAAAUCAAUCGCCUUCGGCUCGUGGUUUCGCCCGCUAUUCUUAACUCAAGCAACAUUCUCGCGCGUUUGGAUCAGGCCGUCCGAACACGGAAACCAUAAAGUAAUUGUAUAAUCCGAGUGUGCUUUUGGCUAUAGCGAAAUAUUGAAUUUAGAUUGAUCUUUCAAAGUCUGGGUAUUUCGAUGCUUGCGCUAGGUCGUAAUUGAGACUUUAUGGAGAGCGUCAAUCCGAAGAGGACGGAAUGAAACGAAUAAUUAAAAACUUUACGGAAGUUUUAGACGUCUUCCAGUCUCUGUUAGGUCUUUACACAGGCCCUGUUUUGGCUGUUUACUACAAAAAAAUACACAUUUUCUAUUGCCUGAUUUACACUGCAAAAAAGUCUCAAUUAACGCGGAUUAAAGUAAGAAUUAAAGUUCCUGUAGCGUGUAUUAGGCGUUACUACAAGCGCAGCUACAGGACAAAUUUUUCACUGCAGAUUUCCGCUCUAAGAAUAGUGCAAGAUAAUUAUCUCCAAUUAUUCGAAUUAGUAAUAAUAAUUGUGUAAUUGUUUGAAUUAGAAAACGAAAGAGGAAGAUAUGGAUAUUCUGAACGAACAUUACAACACGCUCUACAACCAAGGGAGUUCAUCCAAAACGCUUAAAAAACAUUUAUUACAAAAAAUCAAACACGGCUUGAGACCUGAAAAACGAACUAUCAAUGCAAACAACGCUGCAUGGGCAGUCGCUUCCCUUCUCUUUCUAUGCCUUGUUUUGCUGUUUGUACUCAUCUAUACGAAGCCGUGGAAUGAGCGAGAUUAUUACUUGAAGGAGAAAAUGAGCUCGCGAAAUAAUAACACAAGUUUUAGUAUGAUAAAAAGUCAUUUUAGUCGAGGGAAUAAAUCGUGGCGGGAACUAGCUGAACAGCAGAGACACGCGGCCGCGUCACGCAGGUUACUGGGACCCAUUCAUGAAGAAGAUGAGGACUUUAUGGAUCUUUGAUGGAUAUUUUGGGGGGUCUUUAUGGGAUAUCUUGGGAUCUUUGAUGGAUAUCGUGGGUCUUUGAGGGAUAUCUUGGGAUCUUUGAUGGAUAUCCUGGAACAUUUGGAGGGAUAUCUAAGGGGAAAUUCUAUUAUUUUGUAAUUUAUUUCUUCAAUGAAUCGAAUUAGAAUAUUAAUUUGCCAGGUUCACUCAGGACUAUCCGGUAGCAGAUGGUGGCCGGUCUAACUAAAGAGUCGGAGGGAAAAACUAAAGAGUCGGAGAGAAUGUUAAUCAUUUCCGCCAAGGCGCAAACUGACCCUUGACACAACACUUAGUAACAACAGUAACACUUAGCAUGCCAAAUAAUGCCAUCAACAUCCAAUCAUCAAAAUGUUCCAAUUUCAUUGUUUUCCCGAUAUGUCACUGUUCUUCAUGCCACGCAUUGCUUCGUGUAAUAUAACUAAUAUUACUCAUGCAAAGAUUAUAGUGUUAUGGUAUGUCGCUAAAAUACAUUUCAGUAAAUUUCAGUAUGAUUCAGCUGUAAGACCUCUUUUGAGGCCAUUGUUGCCGUCCUGUACCUCCACCAGCUUUGCGGUGACGAUCAGGUCAGGUGCGUGACGGCAACUCGAAUUUCGGCAGCUCUUUCCUCGGGCAUCACACAUACCACCCACUAUGUCAUCUCUAUUUACCCCUUUUAAGAUGCCUGCGGAUGAGUCAAAACGCAAAACGACACUUCGGGGGAACAUCAUUUCGGCUGAAUCUCUUUCGGCAAAAUCUUUAUUGAGCGAAAUCUUUUUUCGGCUAAAUAUCAUUUCGGCAAAAAGUCCUUUCGGCAAAGUGCCGUUUCAGCUAUAGCUUAGCUAAAAUGUUCCUUCGGCAAAAUAUCUAUCGGUAAAUUUCUGAAAUUCAAAUUGGCCCCCAUCUGCUGCCCUGUGAGUCGUUAAUGAAACCCCCAGCGAUUCUGAAUUAUAUAAUUUCCUCGAGUUUUCAACAUUUUAUUUUUGGGAGUUAUGUCCUGGUGAAACGAGAGUACACCAUUGAACUUACAAGUACAUACGCAAAAAUCACACAUCUUGUAGCAAGUCUGCAGCAAGCCGUCAACAAGUUGUAUUCGCACUGCUUGUCCCAAGUUGUCAACUGGUAUGGAACAAGCUGUUAACAAUUGUAACAACCUUGUUGAUAUUAUAAGACUUAUUGCAAGGUUGUUCCAACAAGUCCCGAUGCAGUCAUGAUAUAACAAUAUUGUCACAACCUUGUGUCGUCAACCUUGUAACAUUCUUGUUAUAUCAUGACUGUAUAUCAGAUUUGUUAGAACAACCUUGUAACAAGUCUGAUAAUGCCAUCAAGCUUGUUACAAGUUGUUAACAGCUUGAUCCAAACUUGUUACAACAACUGGGAACAAGCAGUGCGAACACAACUUGUCGACAGCUUGUGAACAGAUUUGUAACGACUUGUUUGCGGACAUGUACCAACUUGUGCGUUUUUACGCGUGGGUAACGCGUAGCGUAAACUCUCAUCAAAAUUUAAGCCAGCUCAAAAUUUGACCAAAGUUGAUGAAAGUUGGCGGGUGAAACGCGAGCGAGAGUUGAAACUCGCAUCAUCUCUCAUCCCAGGUGUAAUUAGACGUUUUUGUCGUUGAUCUAGAAUUAUAUGUAAUCAAUAGAUUCAAUUGCUUGGCAAUACUUUAUUUAGAAAGUUUAAAUUACAUACUUACAUUAAUGAAUAAAUUACAUCUAUUAUUUACAAUUCAUAUAGAUUUCCAAUUAUAUUAAAUAUUAGACUCCCGUUAUCUUUAAAUAAUAAAUAGUACUUAUGUACAAAUAAAUAAUAUUAAUAUUAAAUAGUGUACAAGCAUUGAAAAUAUACACAUAUAGACUAUACUCAUUAUAUUCUGUUCAAUAUCAGUAAUAGGCUCUUUGCAUUACAUUACAUACUUUAUUGACAUUCCCAUUUCAAAAUACUGAAGGCAGAGAAUGGAUGAUCACUGAAUCAUGUUAUGUAAACAUGGUAUUACACACGUAAAAACACACAUUUUGUAACAAACCAGACUUGUAGCAAUGCUGUUUCAACAACUUGUCAAUAGGAUGUGUUCGCACUGCUUGUUACAACUGGUUGACAGGCUUGCCACAAGGUUGUUGAGCUCAACAGACUCGUUACAAGUUGUUCCAGCAACUUGUUAUCGUCCUGCAAUUUAACAAUUUGUCAACAAGUUGUGAGUGACAACCUUGUAGCAACUUGAUAAAAU